AUGCCUCGCCUUCUCCCCGUUCUCCUUGCCGCCGCUUCUCUACAAGUCGCCCGGGUCGGCGCUACGCCGCCCGGUAUUCCAUCGACCUCGGUCGCAGAGACUCAGCUUGAGGCUCUGACCGUCAAGGAAGCCGGCGCAAGCUCAGACUACGAUCGGGAUCUGUUCCCGCAUUGGAUCAGUCAGGGAGACUCAUGCAACACGCGCGACCGUGUCCUCAUCCGUGACGGCACCAACGUCGAGACCGGCUCUGGCUGCUCCAUCACUGGUAGCUGGACUUCUCCGUACGAUGGGGAGACGUGGACGGCCACUAGCGAUGUCGAUAUUGACCACGUUGUGCCACUGUCGAACGCAUGGAAUUCUGGAGCAAGUGAAUGGACGACCGACGAGCGCGAGGCCUUUGCCAACGACUUGAGCAUUCCGCAGCUGCUCGCCGUGACAGACAGUGUCAAUCAGCAGAAGAGCGAUUCUGGGCCCGAGGAGUGGCUGCCUCCACUCGAGUCCUACCACUGUACAUACGGCAAGAUGUGGACGAACGUCAAGUACACAUAUGGACUGAGCGUGACCUCGGCCGAGAAGAGUGCGUUGGAGGAUCUGCUUGCGAAAUGCUAG